AUGACGCAGAAAGUCUGGACCCGCCGUUUCCCCGCCGGCUUCGGCUUGGAAAAGUCCCUCAAGGCCGUCCGCAACCCCAGCGCCGCUCCCUCCGCCAUCCCGUCUCCGACUCGCGACGUCGAGGCCCUCAAGGAGGACGGCGACUCAUUCACCCUCUCGUCCUUCACGUACGAAGACGCCUUCGAGCUCGGCCACCUCCUGCACGCGCGCCUCCUCCCCUUCGCCCUCGUCGAGGGCAAGCCCACGCUCAUCUCCAUCGCCCUCGCCAACAGCCAGCAGGUCCUCUUCCAGACCGCCGUCGGCCCCGGCACGCUCCCCGACAACGAGACGUGGGUGCAGCGCAAGCGCAACGCCGUGCUGCGGUGGGGGUGCAGCACCUGGCUGCUCCACAACAAGCUCGGCGGCGACGAGCAGCUCUUCGCCUCGAAGUGGGGCAUGAGCGCCGAGCAGGCCGGCGAGUACGCCAUCCACGGCGGCGGCGUCCCCAUCCGCGUCCCCGGAGUCGAGGGCGUGGUUGCUGUUGUUGUCGUGAGCGGCCUGAAGCAGGACCAGGACCACGGCGUGAUCAUGGACGUCAUCAAGAACAACUGGGAAUGA